UUUUAGUCGUUAGCUCUUGAAUAAAAGUUGCGGGGCGAUGAAGGUGGUGGGUUGCUGUAACUCCAUCCUCAGCGCCAUUUCUUCUAACAAUCCCCGUUCAUCACCAUCACCAUCACCAUCGUCAUCAUCUUCUUCUGCUUAUGCUUUGCCCCCUCAUCCAAUUACAAAACGUAGGUCAAUAAUCUUUACUGCAUCAAUAGUAGUGGCGUCUUAUCUUCAACUAUGUCCAAAAUCGCCAUCUCAAUCUGCAAUUGCUCAACAACUCGAUGAUACUCAGCAGGAAGAAGAUCGUGUAGUUCGUCUCUUUGAGGAAACAUCACCAUCUGUGGUUUUCAUCAAAGACCUUGAAAUCAUCAAUAAUCCAAAUAACACCGAUGAAGUAGUAAUGGUGGAUGAUGAGAAAGCAAAAGUUGAAGGGACAGGUUCAGGCUUCAUUUGGGAUACAUUUGGUCACAUUGUGACAAAUUAUCAUGUUGUUGAAAAGUUAGCUACAGAUCAAAAUGGUAGACAACGUUGUAAGAUAUUCUUAGUCGACAAAAAUGGCAACAGCUUAUCUAGAGAUGGAAAGAUUGUUGGUGUUGAUCCAUCUUGUGAUUUAGCUGUUCUAAAGGUUGAUAUUGAAGGGAUUGAAGUAAAACCAGUUGAUAUUGGAAGUGCUCAAAAAUUAAAUGUGGGACAAAGUUGUUAUGCUAUUGGGAAUCCUUAUGGAUAUGAGAAUACAUUAACCACUGGAGUAGUAAGUGGGCUGGGAAGAGAGAUACCUUCACCAAAUGGAGGUGCCAUUAGAGGAGCAAUUCAAACAGAUGCAGCUAUUAAUUCAGGAAAUUCAGGUGGGCCAUUGCUUGAUUCUCAUGGCCAUGUUAUCGGUGUCAAUACGGCAACUUUUACUAGAAAAGGGUCAGGAAUGUCAUCUGGUGUCAACUUUGCAAUACCAAUCGAUACUGUGGUUAAGACUGUACCUUACUUGAUUGUUUAUGGAACUGCCUAUCGAGAUAGAUUUUGAUAAUUGUAUUUGUAAUAACAAUGUAUUUUGAUUCAAUUGUAUUUCUUCAAAUUCAUAAUUCCAUUGUUGUAACACAAAAAAUAUUAAAAUAAAAUCAACUACAGAAACUGAAUUACAAUUCAUUUAAUACCAUGAACCAAACAUGUGAGAGAUUUGAUUCAUUGAAAAUAGCAUUCAACAAAGUAUGAAAGAGGAUUUUAGUUUUGAGCUUGAAGGGAGAGGAGUGAGAGGUGUUCAUCAAUGGAGCAAUCAACAUGACAUGAGAUUCUGCAAGAUGAAGGGAUUAAUAUCAACCCUAGACCUCUCUGUUCCAUGGGGGAAGGAGAUGAUCUUCUGGUGCUUCGAUAUUCCACAGCAUCUUGAAGAAUUAUGUUUCCUUGUUUAUCCAUACAGUAAAAUGCUCCCAUGAAGAAUCUCCCAUCACUUACCCCUACCAACAUUCGCCUAAACAAUAGUUUCUUCACUUGUGAAAUGUCUGAUUUGCCCUCAAAACAUGCUUCUCCUUCUACUGCUUCAUUUGUAUUCUCCAUUCUGAAACUUCAACCAAAUUAAUUGAAUCGGGGUAGAAGAACGAUAUUACUUUUCCUCAAUUCCACCAAUACUCUGACGAACGUCGCCGAUUUC